CGUGCCGAAAUAUAGAUCCCAAUUAUUCGAUGACCAAUUGGAAUUUGCUAUAGAACAAUAUAAUUCCAUCAUCACAAUAUUCUAUACAUAGCCCUCGAAUGUUAAAAAAGGCCAACAAAGUGCUAAGUAUGGGGGUAGGCUUACCCAUUACAUUUUGACAUACAUGUUUGGUUCAAAUGUUCUGUUGUCUUUUUUCUGGGAUGAAAAAUAACUAGGCAUUAGAAGUCAGGGCUAGUGUAAAUUGGUUCCUAAAUACGGCAGGUUCCGAGCUAAAUGUUCGGCAAAACUUCAGAAUGACACAACAAAUAAACACAGAUAUAGUUUUCUCAAACGUAUAUCGUUGUACGACUUGUAACACUAAGCCUUUCACAAGAGCGAAGUGUACGUGCUCACAAUGCUAGCUCUAACUCUUCACUAACUCAGGAUUCGUAGAGAACGAUAUAUAUAUGUUAAACUAGUUCCUUGUACAAAUAAAAUAUGUAAAUGUGCUAAUCUUAGGUGUCUACAUAAGAGGAAAAACAAGCUAGAAAAACAAUAGGAAAGUGUCUAGAUACGUAUGUAUAAGCUGAGUCAAUCCGUAGUGUAGUUCUUAAAAUAAUACUAUAAUAGAGGGUGGGUUUCCUUAGUGAAAGUGUUCCUACUAGUAUACGCAAUGCAACAAAGAGUGCGAUGCAAGUUGACGUAAAAGAGUAUGCACAAACAAGUAUGACUAACGCUGGGAGAGUGGAUGAAUGGGGCGAAGGAAAUGCGCAAACGAGGCAGGUAAGAGCGAGGCUUAGCGCUUGGAGUAGCGGUAUUACACUAGAGCAGAGCAGACCUACCGAGAGAGGUUAAAAUAAGUUGAAUUCUGAGAAGCUUAAGACAAUUUGCUCAAGAUGAUAUUUCCAAAAAAUUGAAUAGCGUAAUAGAAAUAGAUAGUGAAAUCAGGCGCCAGGGACGCCUGUCAAAGCUUUUAGGGUGCAAAGGACCAAAAGGGGCAAAAAUACAAAAAUAGAGAAAAUUCUAAAUUUUUACUACCUUUGCAGUGCAGAAUCCCUAGGUUUGGGCUUAACUUCCCUGAGAAAACCUUACUUGUGACAAAAAUGGUUUGCUCUUUGCAUUGUACAGGUCAUAUCUGUCAUUUGCUAUGACGUAUUGCACAACACAUAACAAGGAUUUCAUCUAAGGUUGACGAUUUCCCCUCCCACCCAUCUGAAUCAAAUAUUCGCGAUUCCACGUCACACUGUGUCCACGUACACCACGCAUUUCAAAUAUUACACCCCUUCUACUUGUUUGUGAAUCAUGACACCGUUGCAAUAUCGCCCAUCCGGCAAUAUCGCCCUAAACUUUGCUGAUUCAAAGAGCUAAUUGUUACUUGCAUGUCUUUUGAUAGUUAAAUUUUAUCCACUUAACAAUCGAAUCUGCCCGUGAUUACACGCACAGUGAUCUUAAAAGAGACGGUUCGCGCCUUGCCUUCCAACGUUUCAUGUGUACUGUAUUGAAAACUUGAUUUGUAUUGUAUUUUCCAAAAUAACGCCUCCAAACCACCUCCCAAACCAGACAAAACAGCAUAUAAAGAGCUGGCAUUUGCAAUCAGGCAUACAGUUGCAGUACAAUAGACGUUCUACAGCAGCAUGCCAUGCAAGAUGAUUUUGAAUGGGGCACUGUUACUGCUUUCUGUGAGCGCCACACUGUGUGCCAAUUGGGCAGAUACUGCAAGGCGCGCAGUGGAGGAGCAAGCAAAAGAAAAUGAAAACAUUCGACAGGAGCUCGUCAGGCUCGGAAGACAGAUGAUGCUACAGCAGUUUUUUACGGAGGAGCGUGUAAGGUCUGAAGGAGGUUCAGGUCUGAAGCAAAUUAGAAAUCAUAAUGUUGGCUUGAAAAACUACUUCUCGGCGACACAUUCGGGGGGUUCAAUGGCAGCCAUCCAUGACCAUGCAAAUAACAUUAGAACGGUAGGAAUGGGUGAAUUCGUGGCUGUUCUCAAUGGAGUCGAAUUCAGGACACGUCAUAACGACUAUCGUUUGUACAUGGCAUCCAACGAGAAAUCUUACCAUGGGCGGCAGGACAUUCCGUUCCCUGAAGUCCCUCCAGAAGUCCUGCAGCAUACCGAAAUCGAUGACCAGGCCAAGGAAAUGAGAGAAUGGUUCAAAGCGUGGAGAGACCAAGAUCAUUCGACAAGAGAUUAUCGUAAAUACUUCAAGCCAGUUCUUUGCUACUUGGAAGGAGCAUGGACAAGGCCAGGAAAUUCCAUUGAUGAACCAUUCCACAGUGACAGACAUUUCGUUGAUGCAAAAAAUUGGUUUGAUCUCCAAGAAAAAUUCAGGUUCACCUCCUACACUGGCUCAAAAAGCAUCCUUGAAAACCUUCCAUUUCUCCCAACGACCAUAAUGCGAUAUGUAAAUGAAACUAUCCCCGUUUUCGCACAGUGGAACUACAGAAUCAACUGUCACCCAUUGAAGAAAGAGGUACCUUUGAGCAAAUUCAAGCUAGUUGACGAUGUCGCAAACAGAAUGCGCUACAAGAGGUCCUACCAUCAAUAUCUGCAUUCAAGAGCAGCAAGAUUCUCUCUAGAUGACAGCGGCCAGGAUCGUCCAACAACAAGGAGUUUUCUUGACGAUCUUAUGGAAGAAAUUCCUGGAAAAGACAACUAUGCAGCAGAUUUGAAGGAUAUUGGCUUCAAUGCUGAGGGGGCCACGCUCGACCCUGUCACUGGCAAGGUGAAGAACGUCGGAUUCUACCACAGGUCGUACAAAGUUUCAAGGCGAGAUGCUAUGGGACUCUCCCUGGUCCAUCGGGGUUUCUCUGAAGAAAGCAUGUUUGCUGCCAUGACAUCCCAAAAGGAGGUUGCAGGGCUGGAGGUGCCUAACCCUAAAAAAUGUCGCUGGGUGGUUCCUCCAGGUGGAAGAUGGAGAGAUCGCAAGCGGGUGUGUGAAAUGAUUCACCAGAAAUGGACAUGGGCCAUUCCACUGGAGGUGAUCUACCUGACACCACUACAAAAAUGGAACCCUCUGAACAUUGAGUACAAAGGAGAUGCAAAGAGUGCACUAGGAAAGACGGUUACUGCUGACAGAAGAUAUGGCCAGUAUAAAAAAGAUCCGAAUGACACAUCAACUGCUCACAAUGGAACAAACAGCCGUGCCUACUACCUCACACCUGCCAGCUUUUUCACUGGCACAGAGCAGAAUACGGACGCUGCAGACACGUCUGGUCGUUAUGGCAAACGUGUUCUGGAUAGACAGGGAAAAAUACACCGGUUGAUGGCCUCUGGUGUGAGAAUUUCCUUACCAAAUAUUCCUGGAGUCGGAAUAUUAAGAACAAGAUACCCAAUUAUGCCGGUCCAUGGUGAAGGGGGAUCAGUUUGGAAGGAGCUGAAUGCAUUGAAAGAGAUCGUUAUGAACCCAAUGGCACACGAAAGAAUGCUUUGGGACGGUGGAGUCCAAACUGCUGCAGAUUCUGAAUGGGAAAUGUCACCAUCGACCAAAGGCUCGGAGCACACACACACUGUUUUGCUCACACCAAGUGAAAUGUCCCAACUGAAAGGUGGCAGAGAGCUUCAGGUUACAACAAGUUUGGCAAAUGGACAUGUCCAUACAGUCAAGUUACGAUGGAACUCCACCAAGAACUGUAUUUUCUACACGCUCUGUAGCGGCAGGCGAACGUGUAGAGAUGGACACCCAAGAGACUUUGCCGAAACGAUCACUGGCACAGACUAAACUUUCAGUUACUGAAUCUUUUCUCCUUAUUUAUUUAGCAAAAGCUUCUUUCAAUGUCUAUUAACUUAUUUUUGCACUUAAUUGUAUAUUUGCUUUCUUUUUUGAUAUGUUCCGAUUGUUGCUCGUUUUUAA